AUGCAUAAGAUGGAAGCGAAGCUCGGUAAAUUCUUCGAUAAGGUCGGCAACUUUUUCUCCGGCACCGAUCAGAUUCCCUGGUGCGAUUUGGAUGUCGUCGCUGGUUGUGAGCACGAGGUUGCUGAAGCUCAAAAAGGUUCCUCUGAUAAGGUGAAAAAUGAAUGCAUCAUGCGCUUAUCUUGGGCCCUCGUUCACUCCAAAAGGCCUCAGGAUGUUCAACGUGGAAUAGCUAUGCUGGAAGCUUCUCUGGCUGCCGGGUCAAGCAGCCCCUUGCAGGAGAGGGAAAAGCUUUAUCUUCUUGGUGUUGGACACUACAGAAGCGGGGACUACUCCAGGAGCAGGCAGCUUGUGGAUCGUUGUCUGCAGAUUGCUCCUGAUUGGAGGCAGGCCUUGAACCUUAAGAAAGCAAUUGAAGAUAAAAUUACCAAAGAUGGAGUUAUUGGCAUCGGCAUUGCUGCAACCGCGGUUGGGCUCGUGGCUGGCGGCAUUGCAGCAGCAGUAUCAGCCCGCAAGAAGUGA